AUGCAGCUUGGAAUUGCCACGGGCCUGCUAAAUUCAAACAUUCGUCAAAAGGCCUUGGAGGCGGCCUUAACGCAGAUCAAGCCCAAGGCCCUCAUCGUGGGUGGAUCGCUAACCAAAGCCAUCACAGAAGCUGGCAUUGCCGGGAAACUGCCCGAGGAGGAUGUUGUCCUGUUCGGUCCGGACCUAGGCGCCGUCAAGACACCCGAAGAGCAGAAAGCCAUAACUUUCCAGACCAUCAAGUCCAUACUGAAGGAGUACCCGAAGUCGGCGCCACCACCGACGAAAAGUCCGCAGAAAGUCACCGAUACCCUGCUCUACAUCUUCACUAGUGGCACCACCGGUCUUCCCAAGGUAGGUGCUACGACGCCAUUUCCUUAA